AUGCCUGUUCACAACCCAUUUCCCUCAUCUUUGCGAAGCGAAUGCGACAAAGCAGCUCAGAUUAUCAACUCUUUCACAGAUCCUGAUGCCUUCAAUAGCCCGGGGCGCACCAUCCCCCGAAAAGUACUCGCCAGCGCCAAGGGCCUCGCCAUUCUCACAGUUGCCAAAGCCGCCUUCCUAGGGUCGGUGCGCCUUGGUUCUGGUAUCCUCGUUGCACGUCUACCCGAUGGAUCCUGGUCCGCCCCCUCAGCUAUCGCGUCCGUGGGAGGUGGCUUCGGUGGACAGAUUGGUGUCGAAUUAACAGAUUUCGUGUUCAUUUUGCAGAGCGAUCAUGCAGUGCAAACGUUUGCAAAGCUGGGAAGCUUAACUCUGGGUCUCAAUCUCUCGCUGGCAGUGGGACCAGUCGGACGCAGUGGAGAAAUUGCGAGCGUCGCAAGCACUGGUGGUGUCAUGGGAAUAUUCUCGUUCGCGCAAACCAGGGGCUUUUUUGGAGGCGUGAGUGCAGAAUUGGGCAUGAUAAUUGAAAACAGGCUCGUCAAUCGGAAACUGUAUGGGGAUAUUGUCAAGGCACAAGAGUUGCUGAGCGGCGACAUCUCUCCGCCUGACGAGGCCAACAGGCUUAUGCAAGCGUUGCAGGCCGAUGUGUUUCAUGCUCCUAGGACAAACAUCGAUUGUGAGCAGGCACCGAAAGAGCCACCCGCGGAAGUUACCGUUGCCAUGCCACCGCAGUCACCGUCGUCCGAGGUGGCUGAACGAGUUGCUGCGGUGUCGCCUGUGACGCCUAGCGAAGUCCACGAGGCACCGCCAUCAGAGCUAUCUCCCGCUGUGUCACCGUCCAUAGCAGUGACACCACAGAUGCCUGCUGAGCUGCCUGGUUCAGUUCAAGAGCUGGACUCCACGCCUGCACAACCUAAACCUACGGAUCAGCACAGCCCCGUUUCUGCUAUCUCCACCACUCACAAUACUUGA